AGACUUGUGGUUUGAGUGGACCCUAAAUACAGCCUCCUAAAAAAUCAAAUCUGUGGAUAAGACGGAGCUAACCACCAGUUUGCGUGGCAAAUAGGCCACAGUUUUGUCCUCUUCUCCAACCACUAAAACAAUGGCUACACAAUUCCGACCACCUCCUUAUUCUUCUCUCUUUUUCUGUUUCAAAUAAUCAACAAAAAGGCUUUUACUUUAAUGGACAAAAGUGCGCCAGCACGACGUCGUCUGGCUCUUUUAUCUUCCCAUCUUCGUCCGGCAACUUCACCGCGGAAAUCAAAUUGCUUCAAUCCUCUCGUGGUUACCAAUUGCACUUCCAGCUCCAAUGCAGAGAACACAGAAAAUGGAUGCAUUUUCUGUAAGAUUGUUCGAGGCGAAUCACCCGCAGUUAAGGUCUACGAAGAUGAUGUGUGCCUCUGCAUCUUAGAUACAAAUCCUUUGAGUUGUGGGCACUCGCUUAUCAUUCCAAAGUGUCACUUUUCUUCUUUGAAAGAGACUCCACCAUCAAAGAAUCGAUUCCAAACCACAGUGCUAUCAGUUGGGGGCCUCCGCUUUUAUUCUCGUGGAUAUUAUCCAUAUUUCAUGGAAAGCUAUUCAAUUAUUGUCAUAAGUUUACUCACAAAUGUUGCUAAACAUGCAGAUUCAUUCAACCUGUUAGUCAACAAUGGGGAAGCUGCAGGCCAGGUUGUUUUUCACACCCAUAUUCAUAUAAUUCCUCGUAAAGCAAGUGACUGCUUAUGGGCUUCCGAGAGCUUGAGGAGACGACCACUGAAGUUAGACCAGGAAGCCAAGAAACUUGGAAAGAACAUUCGGGAAAAUUUACCAUCUUUGGGCAACAUAGAAGACAGCAAAGGCCAAGUUUCCGAUCUGAUUGGUAACUAGGGAUGUUGCGCUCCUAUUUUGUAUAUUUGUAACCUAAGCAGAAGGCUAUAAGCAUUCUGGAUAUAAUUGCAAUUCCUUGUUAUCUGUUUUUGUCCUCAGUCAAUUACUGGUGAAAUGAGUUGGGAUUGUUGUAAAUUAGCUCAUAGUUUCCCCGGUCAAGUUACAUGAACAAUAUCUCUUUUCCUUUUCCCCUUCCUUUUUCCUCCUCUGAUUGUAUUGUAUUCUUAGUUGGGAAAGAAAUUAGAAAUUAACAGUAUUUCCAGUUGA